GCCUCGGCAGCGCGGGGCCCUCUGUCCCGGCCGAGCAGCACCAGGACGAGGGAGGAGGCGGCGAGUCGACGCCACCGAGUCCCCGCGCGAGCGACCUGGACCUCGAGGACGAGGCGGGACCGCAGGCGGCGGCGCAGCCUGAUCCGAGCGCUGCGUCGCCGCGCGGGCCGACACCCCCAGGCGGCCCCCCGCCGGCCCACCUGCUGCGCGCUGCGUCGCCGUGGAGUGGCCCCGCCGGCUUUCUCCAGGGCCCCAUCGUUUGGCGGUGUCCAGCGACGGGCGAGGAGUUGCGCUACUUCGCCGCCAGGGUGGCGCCCUCCAGUUGCGGGGUUGACGCGGAUGAGCCGCUUGAGAACGGGCCGCUCAAGGAGGAGCUGUUGUUGCUCUACCUCGCCGGCCUCGGGGGCGAGGGUGGCGACGCGAGAGCGCCGUUCGCCGGGAAGCUCAAGGCCAUGAUGAGCUGGGGACUGCCGCCGUUUCGGUUCCUCGCGCCACUGCGGCCGCGAGACCGGCUGUGGAUCCUGGAUCGAAACGACGCUGCGCACGGCUUCCUCGGGGAUCUAGUGCCCGGGAGCGUGGACCUGCUCGCGGACUUCGUUGAGAGCUUCGCCGACGGUCCCCACGGCCACGGGCAGCCCAAUUUGGCUGGAGUUCCGGCAUACACGGACCCAGUCGGGAAGUUCCAGGAUUACCUGGACCGCCUGGAGGAGCACCCAGGAGUGCCAGGUGGCAUCUGGGCCGUGCACGCCGAGGACGACGACCAGUGCCCGAGGCGGUGCGCCGAGGAGGCGCUGGAGGCAUUGGGGGCCCGGAAUGCGCAGCAGGGCUUCCCGCGGGCGCAGCACACGUUGCUGCCGCCGGGCAUCCCGCGGGCGCAGUACGAGAACAGCGCGCUCUGGCGAAGGGAGCUGCUCCGCGCGCUGCUGCGCGCGGCCCGCGAGCGCGGCAGCGAAGGCGCCGAGCAUGUGCUGGGCGAGGUUGCUGGCGGCGCGGCCGGCGCGCCUGGCGCCGCGCGCAUCUGGCUGCCGUGCGACGCCGACGCGGCCGGCGACGCGGCCUCCCAGGAGCUCCUCGCGAAGCUCCUCGAGGAGGCGGCGACGCGCCGACGCAGCCGGAGCAAGAAGCUUCGGAAG